AGGAGGAACCACAGUGAUCCUUGGGCGCGCUCGGACUGUCGGCGCGUCGUUUCCCUUUGCGUGCGCGCAGCUUGACUCCACUCGGAGGCAGCCCAUGAUCGCAGACUCAACACGCAUCCUCACGCCGCUGACCUGAGCUGGCUGCGUGCUGCAUGUGUGUGCAUGCGUGCGUGCGUGCGUGCCUCAGAGAGGAAUGUGAGCGGUCCCCAGAACGCAGCAGCAGGAUGGAGGGUCUCAAGGAGAACCUGGGAACUUUGGAUUGACGCCCGGGAAUAACGCACGGUCGGCCCCGAGCCUCAUCGGGCUUCUCGUGGAUUUAUAGAUUUGGAUGUUGUCUGUUUUCACCUUUUCCUUCUAGGCAUCGGGGAUUAUUACUCUUGGCUUACAAUCGGCAUCAUUUUGGCGAACAAAAUGCCAUUCGCCAAAAGGAUUGUGGAGCCGCAGCUUCUGUGCAGACACCAGAUCCCCAACGAUGAAGGUCUGCUUUUCGAGGACCUGUGUGCCAUCAGCAACGUGGUUCUUUCUCGGACCCUGCGACAGCUGUCCGACCUGGCUCGGCAUGCCUGCUCCCUAUUUCAGGAGCUGGAGAACGACAUCAUGUGCACCAACCAGCGAGUCUGGGUUCUCCAGAAAAAAAUAGGCCAGAUCCAGCAGACUGCCAGUGCCCUGGACCCCAAAAAGGAGGCAGUGCCUGUGUCAAACCUGGAAAUCGAGAGCAAGCUUUCAGCUCACUAUCAGGCUCCUCUCCACCAGCAACACAACAUGUUUCAUCCCUCUACCAGGCCGAUGUGUCUUGAGGAGCUACACAAAAAUGCUCAGCUCAGACUCAGAGCGCUGCAUCAAGAUGAACAGCUUCAUCAGCGAUCCUCAAGCCGGGAGAGAAACAGGAUGACUAUCUCUCUCUCCGUGGCACCCCCCAUGCCGUCGUUUCCCUCGCCUCACUCCAUCCGCAGACAACAGAGGAGUCGCUUGGCAAGAGCGCAAGAGAGAGCAGAGAGGGAGCGGGAGUUGGACUAUCAACCUGGGAAGGAGACAACUGUGAGAGAAACAGAGAUUCAGACCAUCCAGAGAAAAGAGAGACCAGAAAGAGUGGCAGAAAUCCAAAGAAAGCUUGAGUGCUUUUACUCACUUGACACUAUUGAAGGUUGCAUCUUCAUUCCAUGGAGUAGAAAGGCUACCUCAGCGGGAGAAGAGGAGUGCGACGAGGUUCUGGAGAGCCACAGAGCAAAGGCCCCAGCCCCCAGUGACUCCAAUCACCAGGAGAAACAGAGCAGCUGGUCAAAGGAAAACAUCCCACCAUCGGAUAAGAAGACACCUGUGGACUCGAAUGCUGUCUCUUCAUGUAUCAUCCCCAUCAAUGUCACAGGAGUUGGCUUCGAUAGAGAGGCCAGUGCCCGCUGCAGUCUGGUCCACUCUCAGUCAGUUCUUCAGAGGAGACGAAAGCUUAGGAGGAGGAAGACGAUCACUGGAAUACCUAAACGAGUACAACAGGACAUGGACUCAGAUGAAUCCCCUGUUGCAAAGGAGCGCACAGUGAUUAUCCACGCCAACCCGCAUCAACUCUCCCUCUGUCAGGAAGACAUCUCAAUAGGUGGCCGUCUUCAUCACACUCGUGACUCUGGGUGCCAGACAGAUGAUUUUCUCAUAGCAUGGACAGCUGCUCCUUCCAGACGGCGUAUCAGAGCCCAGCGAGGCCAUCAGGGAAUCCCUGCCUCUCUGUCCCAUUCAACGGGAAACAUUUCCUCCUUGGGUGACCAGUCAGACUCUACAUACACUUCAGCCUCUGCACAUGGGGGGCGCUUACGCUCACGCAGCCUUCCACGAGAGGGUGGCCGUCUAAUAGACAGCGAUGAUGAUGACGAUGAUGACAAUUACGAUGACGAUGAUGAUGAUGAAGAACUGUCACCUUAUGAAGCAGAAGACUUUAUUCCAUCUGGGCCUAGCCCAAGAAUGAAGAUGAUGUUGAUGAAAGAGGAAGAAGAGAGCACUGAUGAUCAGGCGGCUCCUGAGCCGCUGCAGAUUGGAAGCCUAAAACGGUUGCAGCGAUCGGGUGACAGAGACAGAGGGUGUGGGGGAGGAGGGAGCCCAGAGCACGGCUGGAUGGAGAGGGGCCGUUCUCGCCUGCCCCGGAAAGCUGACAUGGGUAGCUGUGAAAUCUCCUCCAGUUCUGAUACUUUCAGCAGUCCCAUUCACUCUGUGUCCACUACAGGAGUUUUAGGCAGCCAUGUGGACCACAAGGAAGACCAUCAGUCAUCCAGUGGUAACUGGAGUGGUUCCAGCUCCACAUGUCCAUCACAAACAUCUGAGACUAUCCCCCCACCUUCCUCUCCACCCCUGACAGGGUCAUCCCACUGUGAUUCUGAGUUAUCACUGAACACCGUGCCCAAUGCCAUUGAUGAGGGUUUCUCACUUGAUCCCUCGUACCACACUGACCUCAGACCCCAGGGCCAGGGCCACAGAUCCAGCUCGUUUACAUCCUCGGCCACAGACCAGCUUGAUGAUGCAGGGGUCAGUACAGCCAGUGAGGGGGAGUGGACAUAUCCUGCAGAGCAAGACCAGGUUGACCCGGACCAAGACUCUGAUCAGACUCACAUCUUGACUCCAAGCCACAGGAUAGUUCAGGAGUAUAGUUUGAAACAACAUCUGGACAAUGAAAAUUCUUUUAACGACAAAGCAAACAGUAUGGAAAAAGAGCCUGGAUCUCAAUACCCAUCUGAUCCACAGUGCUUCUACUCAUCCACUGUCAAUUUUGGAGAAAGUGAUCAGAGCUUCAGAGGAUACAUGUAUAACUAUGCAGACCCAGGGACUGAUUGUGGUCAGUCCAACAUAAUUGCAGCACCUUUGUCCCAUGGAGUUUACCCCCAGCCGACACCUGAGUUCAGAGCAGGCACUAUGACUUUAGGGAGGACUUUUCGUCCACUCAGGAAACUGAAGGUCAAACCUCCACCACCCAAGCGAACUUCCUCGUUGAGGGAAAGCAGUAGUAGGGUUGAUAUUGGAACAGACACGCAAGCAGAUCAGAAUCUACCAAAGAUGGUAUGUGAACAAGAACUUAAUCUGUCUUCCACAGACAUGAAGCUGGAAUUGGAGCUGGAGCUUGGAGGCGUCCCAGAGCCAUUACAGUCAUCAUGUUUAGUGGCAGAGCCAAUGGGAACAUGGGGCAUGGGACUGAGCCAAACCAUGGACCUUGUAGAACCAAUGUCCUUCAGUUCUGCAGAUACACACUCAUUUAAAGAUGAUGGUGCAGUGCAGUCUGACUAUGCAGACCUGUGGCUUCACAACAGUGAGCUGAAAUCCAGUAAUGGUGAGCAUACAUCAAUGUCCAACUCCAGUACAGCUACUGGAACUACUGUCAUGGAUUGUAUGAAGUCUCCAGAUAGCUCGUCCUCUUCAACAGACACACAGAUCCAGCCAAUUGCCCAGCCUACAGAGACCAAGGCAACUAGUCCAACCAUUCAACCUGGAGACUUCAAACUUGGAUCACCUGAGAAAUUAGCUGGUCUUGCCUCACCAUCAAGUGGCUAUUCCAGCCAAUCUGAGACCCCUACGUCAACUUUGCCCUCCUCUUCAGCAGCCUUCUUCCCAGGUCCACUGUCUCCCUCAACUGGUAAGCGAAAGCCCAAAGUGCCAGAAAGGAAGUCUUCGCUCUCUUCCUUACAACACUUCCCUAGAGAUGUAGCUGCCAUUUCAUCUUGCUAUAAGAGAGACCCAGACUUUCCACCACCACCGUCUCAACUUGACCUCAAUGUUCUCCAUGGUAGCUAUGUCAGACACACAUUAUCUCAUCGGACUCAUCACGUGCACACACUUCAUCAUAGCAAACACAGAGCGAAUGCUUUAACCACUGCAACAAAGACGUUGACUCCAGACACAGCAAAUAGCAACCUACUGCCAAGUUCAAGUUUUGUCACAGAAAUACCCAGCUCAAAUCUUUUGGCACCACCUGCUCCUCGUUCAGUGGAGCAUCAUUUGAGUAACCAGUCUAAAGAUCAACAGAAUACUUCAUCAAUUCGACAAGAAACAGCACUAGAGACUGUGACAAGACCCAAAUGUCCUCCCAUUGGUUCCACUUUGGCUCCUCCACCUGUUAACACAAGGCCUCUCCCACCGCGCAGACCACCUCCUAGACCCCCAUGCCAUUAUCACACUUCCUCUCCUGAACAUUCCCAACCCCCUCCACCUGGCCGCCACCCUGAUGGACCUCCUUCCUAUGAAAGCCUGCUUCUUAGACAAGACCGCUAUGGACCUGGAACAUUCUGGGCUAUGACAGCCUUCAGGACUCGGAUAGAUCCCCCAUCAGAUCUCUCUGAGGACAGCUCACCUCUACAUAGACCAGUACCACGUGCUCCUCACCCUUCACCAGUGGAUCUACACACUCAUAUCCACGCUCACACAGAGUUUAGGGGGCUUAACCAUUCAUCAAAUGCACACUCUGAGUUUAGGAUAUUAGGGGAGCGCUCAUUCUCACAAGAUGAGGAUGAAGAUGAAGAAGAAGAUGAGGAAGAAGAGGAACAAGUAAAAGAACCACCAAGAGCUUCAUGCUCUAGAGUGAGCAUGCGAUCUGAUCAUCCUCCACCUCCAGCAUAUGAAUUUGCUGGGGGCUCUCACUCAGACUCAGGGCCAUGGGCUAGUCCAGUCAAAGUGCCUGAUAACACAAUAGAGACAUUGCAUCCUAACAUAAUCUGCAAUGCAAAGAGAAAAGGACAUGAGCUGCAGGACAUGGAGGAGCAAAUGAUAUCAGGUGCAACCAGAAGUGCCCAUCAGCAACAUCCACUGGAGAGUAAAGAUGACUCUACCACCCCUGACACAGAGGACUACUUCAGUAAAGAUUCCACACCCAGUGAUAAUUCACUCUCCCCUCUGAUGGAUGACAAAGUGGAUGACGACAUCAUCAUUACAUCACCCAAUAAGAGCCGAACAACUGAGGAUCUGUUUGCCAUGAUACACAGAUCCAAGAGAAAGGUGCUUGGUCGUAAAGAUUCAGGAGACCUGAAUGUGAAAUCUCGUCUUUGCCCUACGGCGCCGGUGAACCCCAGCAAUGUCUGCACUGGCAUUAUUCCUCCAGCCCCUCCGCUCAACUUUCAGGCUAACAUAGCCAAUGCUGUUGGGUCACAACGAGCCCCCGUGCCAAUCUAUCGCAGUGCUAAGAAAUCCAGUACAUCCAAUGAGGAGUUCAAACUUCUUUUGCUGAAGAAAGGGAGCAGGUCUGAUUCUAGCUACCGCAUGUCUGCUAUAGAGAUCCUGAAGAGUCCUAUUACCCCUAAAACACCAGGGGAGUCCUUCCAGGAAGGGCCCAUCAAGCACGCUGAGGACUCAUCCUCUACUUUCCCAGAUCCUCCCAUGUCUGGCCUGGAUCCAAUUCAGAUACCGGGUCUUUUUCCUAGGGCCAACUCUGAGAGUUUCACCCCGAAAACCUUGUCUAUGUCAGCUGCAUCUCGACAAGGUCGUUCUCGGAUUCCCCCGGUUGCCAACAGCAGUCGCUACAGCACACGCAGUCGCCUAUACACAGCCCCGAUGCAAGCCAUUUCUGAGGGGGAGACGGAAAACUCAGAUGGGAGUCCCCAUGAUGACAGAUCGUCUUAAAUCAACCUAACAGAUACUGUCAGUUCCAAGACUAUAGUUGUAAUCACUUUGAUAAUCUGAUGAUGGAGUCCUGUAUGCUAAUACUUGCAAAAUACAGAAUUGGGUUGUUCCUGAAAUGUACUGAGAUGUACUAAUCUAAAGGCAGACUGUUCACUGCUACUGAAUUAUAGAAGGAUGAAGAGGGGACACGUUGACAAAGUACCUUGGUAUUGUACUGUAAUAGAAAGGUUGUUCCACCUUAAAUGAAAAUCUGUUCUUAUGUGAUUAAGAAAAAAAUUCCCAAAAGUGUUGAAAAUUCUAACAACAAAAAAAAGAUGCGUCUGUUACUGACAAAGUGAGUUUGCAUGAGCGAGCAUAGACAACUGAUAUUUUUACUUGUAAAAUGAAUGGUGUGAAAGAACGGGUGUUACUUGGGGACUGCUUUCCUACUUAAAUUAACAAAUUUUUAUGACAUGUAAUAUUCUUUUAACUUGUGAUGCCAGGAUUUUCCUGGCCAGACCUUCCAGAGUUUAUACUUAGUAUUCUCGCCAACAAGCCAGGUCUGUGUCACUGCGGAAACUACUAACAACUCAGCAUAAACUUUAUAUCUAUUGUAUUUCAUCUGAAGACAUGGCUUAGAGCGUGUAUUAACGGAAGCCCACAAAAAAAUGGUACAAAAAAAAACGUGAUGCAUGUAUUUUUGUGAAAUUGCGCCUCAGAACAUGAUGAGAAUCCUUCACCAUGUUGCAUGCCCUGUGUGGAAGUAUGCCCCUGGAACCUGGUUUCUAUCAACAUUUUUGUGGUUCUUUAGUAUACCCGUAUAAUUUAGUUUUCCAUUGCAUUGCCAGAGAUCUUAUUUAUUUGAGUGUCUAACGAGAAGGAGCAAGGGCUUUCACCUUUUUGUCUAAAGUACAGGUUCAUUUUGGACAAUCGCACAGUGGCCUUUAUCCGACGAAGGUGGUUGAAGGCAAGGCACCUGCACACUGACAUGGAGCUGUGCCAUGUUCCACCAAAAUUCAAACGCAAAUCUACUCAAACCCAACAUUAAAAUCUAUUGCUUAGACUUCAUAAAGCUUUUAUCAUCUGCUAACUGUUGUUGCUAUGCUUUCUUGAAAAGCUAGUGGCACACUUGAUAGCAGAUUUAAAAAUACCAUAGAGUGCAAACGGUAAAAAUGCUUUAGAAGGUCUUCAAUCGGUUUAACUAGAGGUUUCCCAAAAAUUAACCUCAUUUUUUUUGCACUUAGUAAUUCUUUGAGAAUAUUCUGUAAUUAGAAUAUAUUUCCUAUAACAAAAAUGCAUACAUAUAUUUGUACUAAAUAUUAGAAAAAAAAGACAAAUCUAUAUAAAAAUGAAAUGCAGAAAUUUUAUGGGGAAUCAAAAAGUGUAGCAAAACUGAACAGGUCUAACACGGAUUUCUUAGCAGUGUGCUGUUCUCUCCAUGUUGCCUCUCCUUCAUUUGCACAGACCCAGUAGCAUCAGACAGGUGAAAGCUCAGUGAAGUGGCUUCUGAACAUCUCCUCCAAGAAACCAAAUGAAUCCAAAAUGGAUGACAAAAUGAAAGCCCCAACGAAAACCCCAUAGUACAUGUUGAUGAACAUAGUAUUUAAUGAAAUUUGAUUCCACCCAACAUAGGGAUUGAAGUAAUCUAGUGAUGUUUGAUGGAUGUCGCACAGAAAUUAUUAACAAUCUACAGAAGAAACUUAUGAGUGGAAGGCUUGAGCAGCCACCUGCCUAUCAUAGCAAACCAUAACACAUGCGCUUCUUCGUGUUUGAGACUGUAAGUCAAAUAAAACCAUUCAAUGUAUUCUACGAAUACCUCAGCAAGCAUAUUACUGUUUUAUUGUAAAAGAUAGAUAGAUAGAUAAAUAGAUAGAUAGAUAGAUAGACACAACAGUUUGAUACUCAGCGAAUCUCAAUUGCAGAACUGACACUGUGUAAGAUGGAGAGCGUAAAAAGCUGUGAACUGACUAGAAUUUUACAUUCAUCAUGUUUCUGAAACACGCACUCGUUCCUGUCUGUUGUUUUAUUUGUUGUGUUUUCUAUCGCAUGCAAUAAUUAAAGAGUUAAAAAAAGAAAAAGUAAAGAAGAAAACCACCAAAAUCAUUAUUUUUAUCUGCAGGAUGUAUCCACGAAAAAAGGGUUUCGUAUUUUCGUUCAAAUGUCGAGUUCAAUAGUGUGUUCUAUAGAUGUAAAAACUGUCUGGCUAAUUCUGUUCUGUAUAGUUGUGAUCACAAACAGGGGUUUAUCUUGUACUGUAUAUCUACUCACUGGACAAUCAUACGUAGAAGAGACUGUAAAGAAAAUUCUAUUGAAGCGGUGAGGAGGGAGAAUCGGAACAUUUUGGUGCUGGACCAUCCUAGUCAUGCUUUGGAAAUAAGAGAAACGUUUUCUACGAAAAACUGCUGGUUGCAUUACCUGUGCAUAUCCGGACAAGCCGCCUUGGACAAAAUGUAUAAAUAUAAAAAAAA